ACACAUAAGUGAAUGAGCUUAUGGACACAGAAACGAGAACCUGGAACCAUGCUUUACUACAAACCUACUUUCUCCCUCAAGAUAGACAGAAUAUACUGAGAAUACCAAUACCAAGACAACCAGCAGAAGACAAGAGAAUCUGGGGGAAGGAGAAGUCGGGUCAGUACACAGUGAAAUCGGCUUACAAGGCACUGAGAGCGAGUAAAGAGGCGGAAAUGGGAGAAAUCUAUACCCAAUCAACUGGGAACGAAUAUGGAAGCUCCAGAUACCUCCUAAAGUCAAAGUCUUUGCAUGGAGAUGGAUUCGCAACAUUUUACCAACAGGAGCAAAUAUCCUAAAGAGAACAACUAAGGGAUGCGAUGAAUGCCCAUUUUGUGGACAGGAAGAGACACAGAAUCAUCUUUUUCAAGAAUGUGGAUGGGUUAGAAGAGUUUGGUACCCUAGUUCCCUAAAUCAGUGUUUCGAGAAGGGAAAAGACCUUACCUGCGAAGAAUGGAUGGUGGCUCUCCAGGAAACAGAAUCCGACGAGAAGAUAGCCCAAUUUCUGGCGGCACUUUGGUUCAUAUGGGGCGAAAGAAAUAGUCAAUGCUGGAACACGAAGAAAUUGGAAGAAUUCGAAAUAAUGGGGAAAGCGGAACGUUGGUUGAAUGAAUACCUGGAAUAUCAACAACAAGGAUUGGAGGUGACUCCCAGGCAGGUGGCUCGUUGGAAACCGCCUGAAACUGCUGAUUUCAAGAUCAAUGUCGACGCGGCGACGCUCACCGGAGCGGGCACUGGUUUGGGGGUUGUGGUCCGAGAUAGAAAUGGGGGAUUUUGCUGUGCAGUGAUUAAAAGAACGAGGAUUCAAUGGCCAGCGGAAUUGGCUGAACUGCAGGCUAUAAAGCUUGGACUAGAGAUCGCGAGGGAGAAGGAUUUUGUGACUGGAGAAAUCGAAUCGGAUUGUCUCAGGGCGGUACAACAAAUCGGAAGGGAGGAAAUGUCGAUGACGGAGGAAGGGGUGGAGAGUGCUGAAGUGAGGGAGCUGAUCGACACCUUUGCUGGACAGAUGCAGAUCAGGUUUGCAGGCCGAGAAAGUAACAAAACGGCCCACAUAUUGGCCCAUGUACAAUGUGGGUGGGACGAAACUGAGAUUUGGGUCUCUAGGCCACCAAUUUUCCUGGUGGACCAACUUAUCUUUGAUUCCUGUAAUAUUUCACAUUAAUGAAAUAAUACAGGUUGAUCUAUCAAAAAAAAAAACUAUUUUCGAUACCAGUCAUAGUUGACUGUGUCGACAAGGGGGCUUUGAAUUCGAGUUUCGUCGUAGAAACCAAUAGUUCUUGUGUAUCAAAUGCAAAUUUACCAGUGGUAGUGGAUAUCAAUUUGUAUUGUUGAUUUUUUUGCCACAUGUAUUGGAUUAUCUGUGGCAAGAACAAUAAUGUACGGUCUCUCAUAGAUGGUUGAAAGGACAGGUUGGAAGUUUGGAGUCACUUGUCCUACUUUCGCGAUCACUGUAUGAUAGUUAGCACAAACUAGUCAAAUUAAAUUAUUUCCAAUACCAAUCAUUGUUUGUGUGGACAAGCGAGCUUUUAAUUCGAGUUUUGUCACAAAAACCAAUAGUUUCCAGUCUCUCAUAGAUGGUUGAAAGGGCAGGUUGAAAGUUUAGAGUCACUCGUCUUACUUUUGUGAUCACUGUAUGAUAGUUAGCACAAACUGGUCAAAUUAAACUAUUUUCAAUACCGUCAUAAUUGACUCUGUCGACAAGUGAGCUUUUAAUUCGAGUUUCAUCACAGAAACCAAUAGUUCUUGUGUAUCAUAUGCAAGAGUUAGAUUUUACUACCAUGGAUAUGAUCUUAUCUAAACUAAUAGCCUAAAAAUAAAAUUCUACUUGCCCU